AUGUCAACUACUAGAACUUAUUCAUCAGAGAUUCUUUUUGAAUUACAAGAAGAUACUGAAUCUAUUCGUAAUAUAUGUAUAUUGGCUCAUGUUCGUCAUGGUAAAACAACAUUAGCUGAUGAUUUACUUGCUUCAAAUGGAAUUAUUUCGACACGUUUGGCUGGCAAGGCAAAAGCGGAACAAAUUCGAGGCAUUACAAUGAAAUCUAGUGCUGUUUCACUUGUUCAUCAAAAAGAUAAUAAAAAAUAUUUAAUCAAUCUUAUUGAUACUCCGGGACAUGUAGAUUUUUCAUCGGAAAUUUCUACUGCAGUUCAACUUUGUGAUGGUGCAAUAAUUCUUGUCGAUGUUGUCGAAGGACUUCGUUCACAAACUUUAGCAGCUCUUCGACAAGCUUGGCUUGAGCAUCUACGUAUUAUUCUUGUUUUUAAUAAAAUUGAUCGUUUAUUUGUUGAACUUAAAUGGAGUCCACGUGAAGCUUAUUUGCGUAUUCAUGGUGUUCUUAAACAUAUAAAUGAUGUUGUUGCAAAACAAUUUACAUCCUUAUUAUUAGAAAAAAGUGCUGAACAAGAAGUUAUGAAAAAGGCAAAUAAUGAUGAUGGUGAUGAUAAUUGGACAAAAAAUGAAUCUCAAAUAUAUUUUUCACCUGAUUAUAAUAAUGUUCUUUUUGCUAGUACAUUAGAUGGUUGGGCUUUUGGAAUUCAUCAUUUCGCAGAUUUAUAUGCAAAAAAAUUGUCAGUUAAACGAGAAAUAUUAAUGAAAACAUUAUGGGGUGAUUAUUAUUUUGAUGAAAAAACUAAACGUGUUUGUAAAGGUGCACAAAGUAAAGGACAAAAACCAAUGUUUGUUCAAUUUAUUCUUGAAAAUCUUUGGAGUGUUUAUGAAGCAAUUAUUAUUCGGCGUGAUAAUGAAAAACUUGAAAAAAUUGCAACAUCAAUUGGUGCUAAAUUAACUCCACGAGAUAUUCAACAUACUGAUACUUCUGUUCCAUUACAUCUUAUAUUUAAUCAAUGGUUACCUAUUGCUUCUGCUGUCUUUGAUAUGGUUGUUGUUCAACUUCCAAAUCCAAAAGCAUUAAAUAUAGAAAAAAUUGAACAAUUAAUGUGUAAUAAAAGUCGUCGAUUUGAUACAUUGUUAUCAGAAACUCAACAAUUAAAACAAGAUAAAUUUUUCAUUAUACUUUAUUAA